CUGCGCGCUCUACGCGGCCGUAUUUAAGCGCUGAGCGCACCAUUCUACCUUCGUAGUCUGUUCAGAAACACUCGUAGGUUCAGCUGUGCAGUAGCAAGAGGCUUCAGAAGAUUCGGUUAAAGUGCGUUUAUUUAAUUCAAUAAAAUUUCUUAAUUUUGUUUUAUUGAAGAGAUCUGAGUAAUUUUUGUUUCAUUUUUUUAACGGUUUUUAGUUGAAACAUUUUUUAAAGCAAAUUAAGUGAACAUAUUUCAAAAAGUUUGGAUUUAAGUUUCUACAAUCAAUAAGCAAAUAAAUAAAUAAUGGCCGAUGAAGCACAAGCACCACCAGCCGGCGAGGAGGCGCCACCAGCGGAGGGUGCCGAAGGUGCGCCCGCCGAUGCGCCACCAGCCGAACCAGCUGAACCCAUUAAACACACCUACACCCUCUUCUACUUCAAUGUGAAAGCAUUGGCUGAGCCGCUACGUUAUUUGUUCGCAUACGGCGGUAUUGAGUACGAGGAUGUGCGUGUCACGCGUGACGAGUGGCCGGCACUCAAGCCGACAAUGCCCAUGGGUCAAAUGCCUGUACUCGAAGUGGAUGGCAAACGUGUACAUCAGAGCAUUUCGAUGGCCCGAUUUUUGGCUCGUACAGUGGGCCUGAACGGCGCCACACCGUGGGAGGAUCUACAAAUUGAUAUUGUUGUUGAUACCAUCAACGAUUUCCGUCUAAAAAUUGCAGUCGUCUCCUACGAACCAGAGGAUGAAAUCAAGGAGAAGAAACUUGUGACACUCAAUACCGAAGUCAUUCCGUUCUAUUUGGAGAAAUUGGAGCAGACUGUUAAGGACAAUGAGGGACAUUUUGCAUUGGGAAAGAUAACAUGGGCCGAUGUCUAUUUCGCCGGAAUCAUUGACUACAUGAACUACAUGGUAAAGCGUGAUCUCCUAGAACAAUAUCCAGCGCUAAAAGCUAUCGUUGAUGAAGUCAAUGCAUUGGAACCAAUCAAGGCCUGGAUCGAGAAGAGACCUGUGACUGAAGUUUAAGAAAACAAAAACAAUAAAAAUACAACCAAGCGAAGCUGAUGAUUAACAACAAAACAGAAAUGAAUAACAACUCUAAAAAAAAACAGCUGAUAGAAAAAAUUUUACUUCCGAUGGGAAGCGAAUGCUGGAGUAGUAGAGGAGAGGAAUAAAAAAAAA